GGAAAAAGCACCAAGAGAUCAAGAUCUUGAUUCUUGAAGUUUCACUAGGGGCGUUGUUAACAAAAAAGUUUUUAGUGAUUAAAAAUGAGAUUGACUGCACUAGUAAAGUGCGUUCUAAAUUUAACUAAUUCGAUAACACAAAUUUUAAUAAUACGUAGCAGAUGUCGACUAAAAUCUACCUGUCCUUCAUUCGCUUUUGAAGAUGAACGAUCUCUCCUCUCGUGGUUAACAGGGUGCUAACGUAGUCUACAUAUGACAGUCUUGGAAAACUGUCAUUCAUUCAUUCCUUUAGCAGCCAUUGCUUCGAACAGAAGGCUAGACUAACACAGAGUUCUUUGAAGUUUCCAUAUACACUUACUAUCCACGUACUAGCUCAUUCUGAAAAGUUCCAGGAACUAACUGGAGAAACUGUGUUGCUCAUCACAACGUGUUAAAUAUGCUAUCAUACGCGGGAUCCGAGUCACGUAGAUGUGAGUAACUUGUCCAAAAUUAUUAGAUGAGUUAGCAUAGCUUCGAACAUUGUACCUUUGAAGUACGAGCCGAAUGACAUAAUAAUUAAGCCACGAUGGUUCUCUUUAGAAAUGUUUACCUGAUUUAGCUUUAGAUGUACCAGUAGCUGUUUUCUUUUUCUUUGGAGAUUUUGAACGUGAUUUUGAUGGUGAUGCUGAACGUUUCUUUGUACCUGUCGAGGACGUUGAUGAUUUUGGUUUUUUCGUUGCACUAGUUGUUGUUGAAGAUUUCUAA